GUACAGAAUACCAAAGUUGCCAAACGGAAAAAAUUUCGAUUCGAAUUGAAAUGCAGAAUAGGGGCAAUAAUUAAAAGUCUGUUACUUAAAUGGAAAGUAUCAAUAAUUUCACUAGGAAAUAAUAAAUUGUAGUAGAUUUUUCUUAUUAGAAAAACAACAAAAACGAAAAUAAACAAAAAAUAAUAUCAUUGUAUGAUAUCAUUUCACCAUGAGUGACAAUCCAAUAAGAAGAAGCAUUAGUUUAUUAUUUUCUUUUUAGCGGCUUCAGUUCGUGUUGUUCAAACAAUUGUUAUAAAAAGUGUUAAAAAUUCAAUAAACUAAUGAAAAAAUUACCUUUAAUUGUUAAAUAAAUUACUAUCAUCCGUAACAAAGUGUUAAAUUGUGUUUGGCAUAGAAAUUUUAAAUAAUAAAUGUUAGUCAAGAAAAUAUGGAAUUUUUAUGUGUGUCGGCUUCACUUCGGGUAGUGUUUAAUCUUGAUGAAGUUGUUUAAAAUAAUAAAAUGAUUGCUUAACAUGUUAAAUUAAUCAAAAGUAUGAGAAAUAAAGAAUUGUAUAUUGUUUGUAAUAGGAACUUUUCAUAUUUAUCAUAUUAGACUGUAGUUCAAAAGAAAGUGUCUUGGCGUGCUCGUCGUCUAGUGAAAGAUUUCUGCUGUGCAAAAUCUAAUUGCAAGGUGAUCGUCAUUCCAGCAAGACUAAUUAAAAGAUCAAAGCUGUGGCAAGUAAUUUUUGCCAACUGAGAUGGUCUUAUGUACAAUUAUGUUGGCGUUCCUUGACCUACAAUCAUCACAUGAAUGCGUCCUAUGCAACCGAUAUUUGCAUGGAACCAGUUUUUUGGGUUGUUGAUAACUAUACACAUUUAUUAGGGCCGUUUUUUGUAGUUGGUGUAGCCUUAUUAACCACAGCUGUUGUUAGUAUUGCCUAUUGGAUAGGAUUGCCAUUUUGGUGGGAAAAAAGUCAAUUAGCCACAGUUUUUCUAUUAAUAGUGGGAAACUGGUUGCUUAUCAAUGUUGUAUUUCAUUAUGUUAUGGCAGUUAUAACACCGGCAGGAGAACCUCCAGAAGGAAUUUCUUUAAACGAAGCAGUAGCCGUUUGCAAAAAAUGCAUUACACCCAAACCACCGCGCACACAUCAUUGUUCUGUCUGUAAUAAAUGUAUACUCAAAAUGGAUCAUCAUUGCCUUUUUACAGCCUGGCUUAAUAAUUGUGUUGGUUUUGGCAAUCAUCGUUAUUUUUUCUUGUACAUGUUCUACACAACAAUUGGUUGUUUGUUUUUAAUUUUAUUUGGCUUCGAAAUUGGUUACAAUUACUUAUGGUUAGAUCAUGGUGAGCAUUGGACGGAAACGGAGCCUUUAGAGGGGGAACCAGUAAAAUUAAAUUUAAGCGGUCAUAUAAUACCAGAUAGUCAUCUUCAUGAAUACGAUGAUGAUGUUUUAUUACCAGCUCAACAUAAUUUACCAACACCUGCCCAAGUAAUUAUGAACGGCAAUGGUAUUUAUAACAUUGGCAAACGUAGGGCAUUAUGGUUUAUGGCGAUCAUUUGUUCAGCGGUAGUAGUAGCAUUGGGUACUCUCUGUUCCUGGCAUGCCAAGUUAAUAACACGUGGUGAAACUAGCGUUGAGGCUCAUAUAAAUCAAUCGGAACGUAAACGUCUGCUUCUGCAAAAUAAGAUUUAUAUAAAUCCUUAUAAUUUUGGACCAGAAAAGAAUUGGCGUUUAUUUUUGGGUUUAGUAAGAGGACGCACCUUUUGGCGUACAGUUCUUUUGCCAUCUUGGCAUAAACCUGAAGGCAAUGGCUUGCGAUUUCACACCAUACAUGAUUAUACAGCUCAAAAUGAUGAAUGGCCAUAAAUUAGGUUUCAAUAUAUUUAUUAAAUAAUCUUUCAUUUCAUU